UCCAGCCUCACACCCCGGGUCUCACCCCACCCUCCAGCCCGUCCUUUAUGAAGCGGAGCAGCAGCAGCGCCGACGCUCAAACGUGGAGGGAGAGAACGCGGCUCCAUUGUCGCGAGGUCCGGUGAAUAUUGACGGUUCUGUCGACGCGCUCAGCGGCUUCCACCUUCGAGCCGGAGCCGGGAGACAGUGUCCAGGAGCCGGGGCGGCGGUUGAGAAGGACAUUUAAGUGAGAAGAACUGGCCAUCCAAGACGAGUGAGCCGCAGAGCCCGAAUUAUCAGCAGGAACAUCAGUGUCCACACAUUAGGAGGAGGGAAUGAAACCGGAUGGGGUUACCAUGGAAUCCACGGAACCUACCGAAGCUGCAGCAAUACCAGAACCAUCCCUGUCACUUGACAAUGUAACAGAGCAGGCAUCAUCUCAACCAGAGGAAGCUGCAAGCGAUGCAGCGUCCGGACCUGCUCCAAAGACCAGUGGCAAGCCGUUGGCAGCAGAAAUCAAAGUCAAACCAAUAGGUAUUGCAAGUAAAACACAGCCCAAAACCAAAUCUGCAGGGGUUGCUGGAUCCAACUCAAGGCCAGGUGCCGCCUCACACCGCACAACAAAUGACGUCAAAUCCGCUACCAGUGUUUCUGCCGCUGUGACCAAGAGAACAGCAAGUGCGUCAAAAGCAUCAGCAGCAGGAGCUGUACCUAUAAGACCGUUGGGUGGAGCAGCACUUUCCUCAACGGUCAAGAACCAAACCAGAUUGGCUGACAAGAAGCCUGCUCGACCUACCUGGUCUACCUCUGCUGCUGCUGCCACAGCAACAAAUGGUACCAAACCAUCAACGGUGAAUGUUCCUCCUAAGAAGAAACCUGUGGCUGAGACUGCUAAUCUAGCAAGACCCAAAACCACAGCUUCCACCAGCAGGUCAGCAGCGUCCAUUGCCCCUAAACCCAGCACUUCAACCACCACAAAAGCUGGUGGUGCUCUUGCAUCAAGGACCACAAGGCCUACUACCGCUCCCUCAACCGCUAGACCAGCACCCACCACAUCCAGGCCCACAACAGCUAUAACCAGGCCCUCCGCCACAGCAACUGCUAAAACUGCUGCUUCAAGAGUCACCGUAGUACCCCCUACUGGCAGGAGCACAGCAGCACAGCCCCCCAAAACAGCCACUGCAGCUAAGAAAGAUGUUGGUCGACCACCUUCCGCUACAGGAGUUAAAAAACCUGUAAAAGCUACCACAUCAGCAGCUACCAAAAAACCUGAAUCCUCAAAACCCUCAGCUGACACAAAGCUCAACUCUGCAUCCAAAUGUCCUGCAAUAGCAACAGACUCCAAGGUGUCACGGCCUGCUAAACCUCCUGCAACAAAACUAGCCACGACUGUUAGGUUCCCGGCCCUCAAAAACCCCCCCCUUGGUCGAACCCCACCUUCCUCUCCAGCUGGCAGACCUGCAAACAGCAGCACAUCUCUGUCAAAACGUGGAACCAAACCCACUCAGGCUGUCUCACCCUUCACUUCUGUUAAGAGGACAGGGCUUUCAAGUGCAAACACAGCUGAUAGACAAGCACAGAGAGCUGCCAGCGCAGUGGUAGCAGCUGCCGCAGCCUCCACUGUUCUCGCAGAAACACAAGCAGAGGCUGCAGUGACCUCACCACAAGACUCCUUACCUGCUGCACCAGAGGAGGUCCCUCCCCCUGUCUUGGCUCAGGAUCCCCCACCAGAGGAGGUACCUCAAGACACUGUGCAAAGCCAUGCCACUGGUCCCUCUCCUCCCCAAAGCCCCGUCAGGACAGGUCUAUCAGAAACCUCUCCACCCCUAGAACAGCUGGGAAGCAGUGCUUCCUCAGUCACAACGCAGGGACAGGUCCCUGCCCCAGCAGAGCCUGCAUUACCUGUGGCCUCUCCUCCAAACCUUUCUGAAGAUUCUGUUUACUUGUUCACAAACCAAACCCCCUCUACAUCUAAAGCUGUCCAGACUGCAACGAAUAUCAUCCCUCUGAUAGUUCCUCCCAUCAAUCUAAAUGAGGAGGAGGAUGAAGAGGAGAGGGAAGGCAGCCAGCUGGUGUCUCUGUCUGAAAUGAGUGGGACCACACAGCCUACAGAAGAGUCCCGCCCCGGCUCAGCUGGACCAGUGGCGGGGUCUGCUUGGCGAGCCGGUGGCGCCUUAUUCUCUGAGCUGGACUCUGAAGAUGUAAGCGGCAGCCAGCAGGGUGCAUCUGAGUUGAGCGCCCCUGGUGUCCUGGAGGGGACAGAGAGCAUGGACGACCUGGGGGAUGGCAGUCUCAAAGGAGCCAUGGACAUGGAAGGAGCCUCGGCAGGAUCUCCUGACUUUGAGAGGGUUCCCGAGAUACCAGUUAACGACUUCGAAGAGGAUGAAGAUGAGGAGGACGAUGACAACGAUCGGGUGUGCGAUAUGGAUGUUGGCUCAGAGCGGACGGAUGAUCUGCAGAGACCCAGGCAUGACAAUGAUGUGAAUGAGGAGGAGGAAGAAGAAGAAGAAGAGGAGGAGGAGGAGGAGGAUGAAGAUGUGGAUAUGGCUAGUGAGGGGGUGACAGAGAGUGGGCUGGAGAGCUAUGGAAACGCUGAUGAGGAUGACUUUGCUGAGGAUGAAAGGCUGGACAACCUGAACAGAGUGGCCCAGCCGCCACCGCCUGCCCCUCCCCUGCUGCCCUCUGCCCCAGCUGCUCAGUGGGACCAACCGAACCCCUUUAUUGAAGCCUGGGCAGAGUCUUUGCAGCCGCAGCAGGUUCCUGAGCAUGUCUCCCAGGAAGCAGGAGCAGCUGCAGCAGCUAGCCCUUUGGCAGACCCUUUUCAAGCAGAUUCUGAAACCCCAACUCAGGCCCCAGUCCAGGCCUGGCUUGGACUCGGCUCUGCUCCUUUUUUUAUUAACCAAGAAGCCCCUCAUCAUUCCUCUGUCGAAGAUGAGCCUAUAAAUCUGGACGCCCAAUUGAUGUUGGUCCAGUCCAGCCCAACCCAGAUGCAGACCAUGGCCCCAGUUCCCUUCUCUUCCCCAGGCAUGUGUCUGUCUAGCACCGUGAGCAGUGAGACCAGCACAUCUGACGAACUCUGUGACUACAAUCGAGAUGAGAAGCUCAAGUCAAGAAAUGCACAAGCCCCAAUGCUUUCUCCCCAACCUGACCUGGGCCCCCAGAUCUACAGAGGAGAGGAGGAUGAGGCAGAGGAUGAGGCAGAGACCCUGCCAGCUGAUGAAGUCCUGGGAGGACCUGCAACCGCCCCCACUUCCAACCCCUCCUCAUCUUCAGUGACCGAAGACGAGGCCAGUGACACAGAGGGAGAAGCCCAACUUGACGACUCCUUGGAAAGUCCAGCGCUCAGCCACAUGACGUUCGACAGCCAGCCGCUAGCGCAGCGUGGCCUGUCCACUGUUGAAGAAGCAGAGGAGGCUGAGGAUGGCAGCGCACGGGGGGACACCACCCCACCAUCAGCAACCUCAUUGGCGUCGUACGGCUUUGACAGCAUGACCACAGCUUCAAACUCGAAUGCCCAGUCCACCGGGGAGAGCUGCAUCAAGAGCCCUGGCAUCUUCUCCUUAGAAGAGCUCCCUGAGGAGGCCAAGGAGCCCAGUCUCAUCCCACAGCCUCUCACCCAGACGAGCCUAGCAGAGCAGCAGUACAUAGAGUGCAGCCAACAGGAAGCAGGGUCAGCUGAGUUUGCCUGGGGGAACGCGACUGGGUUGGAUGAAGCCCGCAACGUUUUGUCAACUCCGUGCACUUUGCAGAAACCAGAGGAAAACCCAGAUGACAUCCAGCCUCCCUACUAUUCUGCAAUCUGUGAAAAGACUGAGAACUCUUUUGCAGGUAACGUAUAGCUCAUCAUCUCCCUAACAGCCUGAAUAACAUCCCCCUGUCUCCCUUUGACCCGGUUCUACUCUCCCUAAAAAUAAUAUCAUGCUGUAGUUCCUGUUGUCAAUGUUUGUUGAGAAAUCUCUGCGGGUGGAUGUAAUCAAACUUAGAAACUUAACAAACAAAACAGAGAGCAAAAAAGGGAAGGAAUAAAGAGGAGAGCAGUGGCUCUUCCCUCUGAUAUAACAUUUAUAUUAUGAAUAUAUGGCUUAAAUUCCUGUAUGUGCAAUAGCUACUACUAUUUACUCCCAAUGUGUGAGCGUGUCUGGGUUUCUGUUUUUAUUUAACACGGAAAUUGUCAUUAAUCCGAACUGACAUGGAUAGGACUUUGCAGCCCUUUAAGAAAGAAAACAAAAAAAUCUGCCUUAACAAAAAGAAAUGUGGAACGAACUGUUGAACAUGUUUUCAUGUGUAUUUAUCCGCAAACUUUACAGAACAAAGCUGUUAAUUGACGAUGAGUUUUGAUUGUGUAUUCAUGUUUGAUUUCUCCUACCUUACAAUACAGGCAAAUCUUCCUUAUUCCUGUGUUGUGUUCAUCCAUCUUUUGGAGUAUUGAACCUUAAAACUUUAAAUAAAGAUUAGAUUUUUUUACCAUGA